CAUUGUCAAAACAGGAUGAAGUUGACCAGUGAAAAGUUGCCCAAGAACCCCUUUUAUACCGCUCUCUCCCAGUAUGGUGCUAAGAACUCAAAAUUCUUCCAGUGGAGGAAGGAAAAGACUGAUCAUUACGGCCAUGCUAAUUUGGUGGACAAGGCAUUGCAGCUCUUGAAGGAAAGAAUAAGACGGGGGGAUGCUAUGGCAUAUUUCCUACGAGGUCAACUGUAUUUUGAAGAGGGAUGGUAUGAAGAAGCAUUAGAACAGUUUGAAGAAAUCAAGGAAAAAGACCAUCAAGCAACUUACCAGCUAGGAGUAAUGUAUUACGAUGGGCUGGGGACACCUACAGACGCUGAAAAAGGAGUGGAAUACAUGAAGAAAAUCAUCCAUUCUCCAUGUCCCAAAGCAAGACACCUACAAUUUGCAGCUGCCUACAACCUUGGAAGAGCUUAUUAUGAAGGGAAAGGUGUCAAACGAUCAGAUGAGGAAGCUGAAAGACUGUGGCUUUUUGCUGCAGACAAUGGAAAUCCAAAAGCUAGUGUGAAAGCUCAAAGUAUUCUAGGAUUAUAUUAUUCCACAAAAGAACCCAAAGAAUUAGAAAAGGCAUUUUAUUGGCAUUCAGAAGCGUGUGGCAAUGGAAACCUGGAGUCCCAGGGUGCACUUGGGCUGAUGUAUUUUUACGGACAAGGCAUCCGCCAGGACCCUGAAGCUGCCUUCCAGUGCUUAAGGGAAGCGGCAGAACGUGGAAACGUCUAUGCUCAAGGGAAUCUCGUGGAGUAUUACUAUAAGAUGAAAUUUUUUACUAAGUGUGUUACAUUUUCCAAAAGGAUUGCUGACUACGAUGAAGUUCAUGACAUCCCUACGAUAGCCCGGGUCACAGACUGUCUCCCAGAAUUCAUCACCAGAGGCAUGGCCAUGGCAUCCUUCUACCACGCCCGAUGUCUUCAGCUUGGCUUGGGGGUCACAAAGGAUGAAGCGACAGCGAAACACUACUAUUCUAAAGCGUGCCGUCUGAACCCUGCAUUGGCAGAUGAACUUCACUGUUUACUUAUACAUCAAAGAAUUUAG